UGACCCCUUUCUUUCACCUUCUGUGGUAGGAUGUGUUCCCUCCUCCUCCAUCAGCACACCACCUGCUCUGACACUGUUCUGCCUUCUUCCCCCUGCAACUGUCUCUCCCUGUCCUGGAAGUGAACUGGAACAACUGAACACUCCUUAUUUAAUUGCUUUGGACAGUAUUGGUUUAUGAAGAAGAUAGGAUCAAACUAAAUGCAGAAUUGAAGGUAGAGGAGGCUACUGAAUGGAUCUGCAAUGUGACUGACAUUGUGCGGUGCUUCAUCUUUAUUUCAUGUGACGAGGAGGCUGAAACACCUGGAACCGCACAUGGAUUUAUCCUAGUCAGUUCUUCUGAGAUCACAUUUAAUAUAGAAGUUCUUUUCAUAUGUGAUCUGCAAAUGGAUUUUUUUGUUUUUCUAUUCCAAGGCAGCAGAUCUUGCCAGUGGGAAGGAAGGAAACAGAAAUGAGCUGCUGUGCCAGGGUUGGGUAAGGAAUCUUCCAUCAUCUAAGGGCCACCAGUGAAUAGCAACUAUGUCGUAGCAGUGGUAGCCCUCAGAGCAACAUUCGAAACAGUAAAUGCCUGGCCCACAGCCAUGUGUUACUACUGCUCUGCUGGGCCCUCUGAUGAUACUGUAAUCAGAUGAGAGACAAGAUCAAGUCAGCAGUAUCAACAAAUACUAAAUCAAUGGCUGCUAGUCAACGUGAAAGUCAGGUUGGAUCUCUUCCUGUCCCACCUCUCACAGACUCUGAAAUUAAAUGGAAGAAAACUUAGACUUUCUAUUCAUAAGCACAACUGGAAGGUGUCCAGUAGCCACCAAUAUUCUCCUGUUCAUACUGAUGGUCUUUGCCCUCACCAUGUCAAGGAGUGUUAAUGAUGUGUUCCUUCUCUAUUGCAUUCCCCACCUGUCAUCUUGCUAGGAUCUAACUACAGAAUGAACAUAGCAGCUGUGUUUAAUGCCCUGCUCGUGUCUGUCCUCGCUGCUGUGCUGUGGAAAUACAUCAAACUGCGAGAGCAUGUCUUCAUGGUCGAAGAGGAGUUGGUCCUCACGCGUCAGUCUCAGGAACUCUCUCAGGUUCAGAUUGACUACCAUGCAGCUCUCCAGGCACUGGUGGAGGACGGUACCAGGAUGGUGUGCACCGGCAGGAUGCACACCGACCGCAUCUGCCGCUUUGAGUCCCUCUGCUACUCUACUGAGGCUGAGGAGUUUGUCUACUUUCACAGCAACUCCUCGGUCAUGCUGCCCAACCUGGGCUCCCGGAGGUUCCAGCCAGCUCUGCUCGACCUCUCCUCGGUGGAAGAUCACAACACCCAGUACUUCAACUUUGUGGAGCUGCCAGCUGCUGCACUGAAAUUUAUGCCAAAGCCAGUCUUCGUGCCUGAUGUGGCACUGAUUGCUAACAGGUUCAACCCAGACAACCUGAUGCACGUCUUUCAUGACGACCUCCUCCCCAUUUAUUACACCAUGCAGCAGUUCUCUGAUUUAGAUCUGGAGGCACGGCUCUUCUUCAUGGAAGGGUGGAGUGAAGGUGUUCACUUUGACCUCUACAAGUUACUGAGUAACAAGCAGCCACUCCUCAGGGAGCAGCUUAAAACCCUGGGCAGGCUCCUCUGCUUCACCAAAUCGUAUGUGGGACUGUCCAAAAUCACCACCUGGUACCAGUACGGAUUUGUCCAGCCACAAGGACCAAAGGCUAACAUCUUGGUUUCUGGUAAUGAGAUCAGACAGUUCACCAAAUUUAUGAUGCAGAAGCUGAACGUCAGCUUGGAGGAAAGCUCCAGUGAGGAGUACAUCGUAGUGUUCAGUCGAACAAUCAACAGACUUAUCCUAAAUGAGGCAGAACUAAUCCUGGCUCUCGCUCAGGAGUUUCAGAUGAAAACCAUUACCGUCUCUCUGGAGGAGCAUUCAUUUUCUGACAUCGUCCGGUUGAUCAGCAAUGCAUCCAUGCUGGUCAGCAUGCAUGGGGCCCAAUUAGUCAUGUCUCUCUUCCUGCCAAGAGGUGCCACAGUGGUGGAGCUCUUUCCUUAUGCUAUCAACCCUGAACACUAUACCCCUUACAAAACCCUGGCAACCCUUCCUGGCAUGGACCUGCAGUACAUUGCCUGGCAGAACACUGACAGGGAAGACACCAUUACCUACCCGGACAGACCUUGGGAUCAGGGUGGGAUUGCUCAUCUGGACAAAACUGAGCAAGAGCGCAUCAUUAAGAGCACAGAGGUGCCGCGGCACCUCUGCUGCCGCAACCCUGAGUGGCUGUUCCGUGCCUACCAGGACACAAAGGUGAACAUCCCUUCUCUCAUCCAUGUGAUCAGGCAGACUGUGAAGUCUAAGCCCGGACCCAAGAAGCAGAAGUGGUCUGGCAGCCUCUACCCUGGCAAAGUGAGGGAUGCCAAGUGUCAAGCCUCUGUCCAGGGCACGAGCGAAGCUAAACUUGCUGUGUCCUGGCAGAUCCCCUGGAACCUGAAGUAUCUCAAGGUCAGAGAAGUGAAAUAUGAAGUGUGGAUACAAGAGCAAGGAGAAAACACUUACAUGCCUUAUAUAUUGUCCCAUCAGAAUCACACCUUCUCAGAAAACAUUAAGCCCUUCACGAUAUACCUGGUGUGGAUACGCUGCAUCUUCAACAAAAAUCUCCUGGGACCUUUUGCAGAUGUGCUCUUGUGUAGUACAUAACCUGUUGCGCUACCUGUACAGCUCUGCUCUGCUCUCCACUCCAUCUGUGGUUUAAAACUUCUUGUCUUGUAGUUUGUAGAGGGCUGAAGAGGACUAGACUGUACCAGUGCCUAAGUGUCCAUUUUACUGCACUCCAUGUGUAUUCUUUAAAUGGUAUUUAUUUCCAGUGAGUGUUUAAAAAAAAAACAAACCUCUGUGUUCUUCAGAGUAACUUCCAGAGGUUAGAUUACAUUCUGAAUACAUGUAAUUGAAAACAGAAUGGAAGUGAAUUGUGUGUACCUUGAUCGUGAUUAAAAUUUGUUUCUAUUGUGUGGUGAGUAUUUAAGCACAGCGUUAAACUGCAGUUAAUUCCAUGGCUAGGUGGGCAAUUCUCAUCAGCUUUUCAUUGUAAGUUAUUUUUUUCAAUAACUCUGACUGUAACUUUGAGUUCAAGAUUUGGUACGAGAGCCUUCAUUAAACUGCUGUAAACCUC